UUGACAGUCCAUUAUUUGCUUUUAAUUCUUUACCUGGCAUGGAAUGGCGUAUACGAUUAUAUCCAAACGGUAAGCUCAGUAACGAUUAUAUAGUUGUUUGUCUAGUAAGAGUUGAUAGUAUUUGCGAAGAAUGUAAAGUCAAAUUUAGUAUUCAGAUACAAGAUUGUAGAAAGCAGUUGCUUGAACUUAAUGAUAUAACCAAAGUGUUUAAAACUAAAACAGAAUAGGAAUCCCAGAAGUUUCUUAUAAGAGAUUCCUUUCUCCGGUAUCAGCCAAAUGACAUUCUCACCAUAAAAUGCAUUUUGCAACCAACAUGUCAUCUUAGUAAAGAAGACUUACUGCCUCCUCUUUCGUACAAAACCCAAAUUUUUGCAGACGUUAUGUUACAAGCCAAAGGUGUGUCCUUUAAAGUGCAUAAAGCAAUUUUGUGGGCAAGGUGGACUAAACUGGCAGAAAAACUCGAAGAAGAAGACACUUACAAACAAAUUCUGGAUACCCAACCGGAUGUGUUGUCCUCUAUCAUUCAAUAUAUUUACACAGGGAGUAUGGAUUUUAGUAUGUCUGAAUCUUUAGAAUUAUACCACGUUAUGGAGAAAUACGAAAUUCCUAGUCGACGUUUUUUACCUUUUACUGCCCAGAAGGCGAACACCCGUAUCAAUGUAGAGGAAAUAUCAUUUCGCUGGCCAAUAGAAACAUUUGACGCCAUCCCUAGCUAUACAAAUUUAUACAGCCAUGUGUUUACUGUCAGAAGUAUAAGCUCAUGUAAAUGGAAUAUGAUACUUCAUAUUUCUCCAAAACGCAGGAUCGAAAUUUCCCUUUGUAAAAUUGAUAACAAUGACAGCCAGCCAAUUUUUGUUGCAAGCAAAAUAACGUUUUUAAGAGAUUUUCUUUCUGAAAGUGAUUCUGGGAUUACACUUAUUCCAAACGUACACUUAUUCCAAACGGACAAAAAAUGGAGAUGUUUCGAGGAUUAUCCAAUACUAUGGGGUAAUUCAUUCUUACUUGAAUGCGAGUUUAAAUUUGCGAACUACCAUUAUUCUUCUGAAAUUGUGAAAUCUUCUUGUGAGAUUAUGUCUUCCAUGAAAUGCCCUAAUUACAUCAAUGAUCUUCAAAAUCUGUACAGAAGUGCAAAGUUAUCAGAUAUCACUAUCAUAGUCGGCUCGAAAACCUUCCCCGCACACAAAUUUAUUCUAUGUGCACGAUCCUCGGUAUUUUCGAGAAUGCUGCAAAUUAAAAUGAGUGAAUCCACAAGCAGUACAGUUGUGAUAUCCGAUGUGAAACCUGACAUAAUGGAUGAACUGCUUCUAUUUAUGUAUUCUGAGAAACUGGAAAAACCUUUGGAAGCAACAGCAAUGCAAUUAUACGCAGCAGCUGAUAAAUACGAUAUUCCCGCUCUCAAGGAAAAGUGUUCAUCAUUUCUGAAAUCCAAUUUUCAUGUCAGAAAUGUGUGCAAAGUUCUGCAUUUAGCCGAUAUGCAUUCCGAUUCUGAUUUAUAUAACAGCGCGCUAGUGUUUUUUUCUGCCCAUACUCAGCAAGUUUUCUUAACCGAUGAAUGGAAAGAGAUUUCCAAGGAAAAUUUGUGGUUUAAACAUUUAGAAAAGGUGAUUUUUCUUAAAAGUCAGGAAAAAGAAUCUACAACAAGCUGUAAGGAUAUUAAUUCAACGUAUUAUAAAAUGAGAAUUUGUCGUGCUUCUUUUUGUUAUGAAGAGUUACUCACCGUCUUGUGCGAUUGUGAAAGAAUUGUCAACUCAAGACCACUCACGUACGUAUCUGACGAUAUUGAAGAUCCCUUGCCUUUAACUCCAGAAAAAUUUCUGCAUGAAACUCCACAGUCGGGUGUACCUGAUAUUGACAAUGUGGACAAAGUAAAAUUGAGUAGAAGAGCGAAGUAUCUCCAGAGAAUGAGAGAAUUGUUAAGAAACAAGAAUAUGGCGCAUAGAAUGGAGGUACGGACGGAGAGCAAAUUUGAGUUCAAAUGGCUUAUUGAAAACCUCAGUAUGUGCCAUGAAUCUAAAGAGGAGUAUUUUUACAGCCCGGAAUUUGCCUUGAAUACUUUACCGGGCAUGAAGUGGCGUGUGCAAUUAUAUCCGAAAAAGAGUUUUCAUGAAAAUCACGCAGCCAUUUAUCUUACAAGAAAUAAUUUUUCGCAGACUUGUAAAGUAAUAUUUAGAUUUCAAGUACUAGAUUGCUGCGGCACUUUAAUUUAUAAUUUUAACGAAAGAACUUCUGUUUUUGGAGCGAAAAAUAAGUGGGGUUACGAUCAUUCUAAUGAAAGAUUUCUCUUUAGAACCUUCAAAAAUGACAUUUUAGUCAUAAAAUGUUCUUUGCGACCAGUGUGUGAGCCCAAGAGCAGAAAGAUGCUCCCUGGACUUUCUUACGAAAAUGGACUGUUCUCGGAUGUUGUAUUACGUGCCGGCGAUUCAGCCUUCAAAGUACAUAAGGCUAUUUUGUGGGCGAGGUGGCCCAAAAUGGCGGAAAAACUAGACGCAGAAGAAACUAGCCAACAAGUUUUGGAUAUCGGAUCGAACGUGCUGGAGGUAAUCAUCAGAUACGUUUACGCAGGAAAAAUUGACUUCAGUGAAUACGAUCUGUUUGAAGAAGAACUGUCUGCAGCAGCUUUGAAAUAUGAAAUUCCUAAUUUCCCUCUUGUAGCUAUUGAGGCUCAAACGGUUCGAACCCACAUUAACGUAGAGAAAAUAUUACUUAAGUGGCCGAUAAGGAAUUUCUCCAAGCUGCCGGUUAAUACAGUAUUGCGCAGCCGCGCGUUCAAUUGCCACCUUGUGCGAUCAUGUAGAUGGAACUUAAUAUUCAACAAGUAUAAAGACGAAGAGGGUGGCAGCGUUAUAGUUGAUGUUUCUGUUUGCAGAGUGUAUGAUGAUGAAUACGAACCUGUUUUCCUAAGAACCAAGAUAUCUUACGAUGUUACUCAUUCUCGUGAAACCGAACAUUUGUUUGAAUAUGAUGAUAAGUGGAAAUGUGCACAGUUCUCAAGAAUCUCUGUUAGCGCAGAGGAUAUAUUGGUCUUACAAUGUGAAUUUCAGUUUUCGAGUUGUGUUUAUUCUUCCGAUAUUGUAGAAACUUCCUGUGAAUUUACGCCUAUUUUGAAUUGCCAUUAUUUUAUUAGUGAUCUUCUGAAUCUUUACAAGAGUGGAAAAUUAUCGGAUAUUCGUAUAGUCGUGGGUGAGAAAACAUUCUCAGCACAUAAAUUUGUUUUGUCAGCUCGCUCUCCUGUGUUUUCUAGAAUGUUCGCGAGCGAAAUGAUUGAAUCCAAAAACAGCAUCGUGGAGAUUUCUGACGUAGAUGCCGAUACAAUAGAUAAAAUGCUUUUUUUCAUGUAUUCUGGAGUACUGGAGAAACUACCGGAAGCAACUACGAUGCAACUCUAUACAAUAGCGGACAAGUACGAUAUUCCUGUUCUCACGGAAAUAUGUUCAUCCUUUCUGAAAUCGGACUUUACCAUCAAAAACGUAUGCGAAAUUUUGCAGUUAGCGGGUGUACAUUCUGAUCGGGAUUUGUACAAGAGUGCAUUAGCGUAUUUUACUGCUCACGCAAAGGAAGUUUUCUCAACCGACGAAUGGAAAAAGCUAUCCGAAAUAAACUUUUGGGCCAAACUGUUAGAAAAUGUUGUCACCCAAUCUUGAAGUGUCUCCGUUUAGGUAAAAUUUUCAACAUUAUACGAAUUUUUUUUAGUGUGGAUCUAGAGCUUCUGCGAUUUCCUACCUUGUCUAUCGAGAUUCCAGAAUUAGGAAGUCAAUUAGUUUUGCAUACUUAAUGGCUAAAAAUGAUUGCAGUAUGUUGAAGAGAUCUAAUAUCUGGUUAAACAACACAGCCAGAACAUUUAUUUUAACGAACUAUUUGACGUAACUUGUUUUUCUUUUUCUAUAUGAGAGCUGUGCAGAACCCUUGGUAUUUCAUAAAUCUGUUACGAUUUUAGAUAACCUUUGGAAAAGUACGUACGUUUAUGUUUAUCAGUUCAUUUAUUUAAUAUUGAGAUUUUAUUAAUUCAAGCUAAUUUGGUUUCGUAAUUGAUUUUCUCAUUUGUUGGAAUUAUUUUCCUUUUAGAUAACAUCCAGAAAAUCGUGUAGACUUACGAAUUAAAUAUUCUUUAACCUCCUA